AUGCGCGGGCCCCGUAUAUCGCAUCUCUUAUACGACAUCUUGAGCACCCUCCGCGUGGCAGAGAUUGCCACCUCGUUUUCCAGUGCUCACGGGCCACACCCGCCCGUCCAGUCCCUCGACUCCCCUUCUUCAUAUAGUGUUUCCCCCGCGACCGCCUCGAGUCACACCCUCAAGCCGCUCUCCUCCUUGCGACGUGCCAUAUUUCCCUUCUUCCUGACGAUAGCCUUCGCCGCCGCAGCCGCGUUUCCACGAGAUUGCCCACGCGCGCAACCAUUGGGCCCUGCGGCGGAUUCUCCGCCCGUUGAAACACGGCGGCGUCCGGGGUUGUCGCAGCCUCCCGCCCGAUGA